GCUCUCGCACUAGUGCCGCUGCUGCCAAAGUGGCCUCUCGCCCCGGAGCUGCCAUGGGUGUCUCCUGCUUGCCUUAGGCGACAGAAGCGAACACGAAAGCGCUCCAUUUCAUUGCCCCGCCCUUUUACGCCACUGCCGCCGCCCACGAUGGUGUUUCAGGAACUGCCGGUUUACAUUGCGCAGUUUCUGUUCGCGCUGGCGCAGCGCAGUGAGGGCAGGCCAGCGCUGGGGGUGGCGCUUUUCCGUGCGAAGUCCUUAGAGGAGUCUGGCCCAUAUAUAAGUCAUUGGUGAUGUGGGACUCUUCGUUUUGCUGAGCUCUCCUAGCCCGCUCGCAGCGUGGACCGCUGUUUGGAAAAAUCUUCUGUAAGAUGAACUUCUUCCUGGAAACGCUCCUUCUUAUUGUGAAGUUACUCUAUCUGACUCUGGAGUCUUUGCUUUUAUUAUUUAUCCCUGUACGAAAGAAGAGUGUUGCUGGUGAAAUAGUGCUUAUAACAGGAUCUGGAAGUGGAAUUGGAAGGCUUAUGGCUUUAAAAUUUGCGAAGCUUGGAGCCACUUUGGUUCUGUGGGAUAUUAAUCAAGAAGGGAACAAAGAGACAGCCAGACUGGUGAAAGAAAAUGGAAAUGUGAGAGUGCAUGACUACACGUGUGACUGUAGCAAGAAGCAGGAGAUCUAUCGAGUUGCAGAUCAGGUCAAAAAGGAAGUCGGUGAUGUUAGCAUCCUAAUUAACAAUGCUGGAAUCGUAACUGGGAAGAGAUUCCUUGACUCUCCAGACUCAUUGAUAGAGAAGACUAUGGAAGUGAAUGCAAUGGCAAAUAUAUGGACUUGCAAAGCAUUUCUUCCAGCAAUGAUGGCUUCUAAUCAUGGACACUUAGUAACUAUUGCUAGCGCAGCUGGUUUGAUUGGAACCAGCGGAUUGACAGAUUACUGUGCAAGUAAAUUUGCAGCUGUUGGCUUCCUUGAGUCUUUACAAGCAGAGAUAAGGCAUGUGGGGAAGACUGGCGUUAAAGUCUCAAUUGUCUGCCCAUAUUUCAUUUCUACAGGAAUGUUUGAAGGCUGUAAACCAAAAUUGAGACACUUGAUGCCUUUUCUAAAGCCAGAAUAUGCAGCUGAGAGAAUUGUGACCGGUGUUCUGAGGGAGGAGUUCUAUGUGAUCAUACCACAAACUGCAUCAUUUUUACUUAAACUAAAAUAUUUGCUACCUACAAAAAUAAUAGCAGCCAUUGGAGAUUACGUUGGAUUUUUCGGUUUUAUGGAUACUUUCAUAGGCCGAGGAAAGAAGAAGUGAAUACCACAAGUUUCUAAAAUCAACAAAAAUAUCCAAGUUUUUCUUCAGCAAUAUUAACCUGUAUGAGACUGUUUUGCCAGAUUUUUUCCCCAUGGUGAACCUGUAUGCAUUAGGUUGGAUCAUGUUUAGUCUUGGUAAUGAAUUACACUGUAAUAACACAGUGGUGGAGGUGAAUGGCUAACCUUAAAUACAGCUGCCUUCAGAAUAUCAUGACAUUUAGCUUGUAUAUUUUGUGUGUAUGUAUUCAUGUGUGCACACAGUUAAUUGGUCUUAAUCAUUGAACUCAUGGGAACAAAUAUAUUUUGAAUGUUUGUAGGCUUUUUUAACUCUAUCAUUUUAUAUAUAUAUAAAUUAAAUAAUUAAUCUGU